AGCAUGCGGCGCACGUCUAGCUGGAAGAAGUUGAGCAGCAGAGAGAGCUUGGAAGGAUGCAGGGAAGAUGGCGAUGAAUGUAAAGAACAGAGAUGCUUUUUAUCCAAGUCCUGACUAUUGCAAUAUCUACAGCUCGCAGCCUGUAAACUAUGGAGAUUGCAGCCAUUAUUUCCCGCGGAUGACAGGUCCAGACCCCGUUCUAAAACCACCUCUCAGUUUGAUAUGUCAGCAGCCGCCUCAGCCCUUCCAGGCCAUGACCCCGACCCAGAACCUCAGUCCCCCGCCGGUGAUGAUGUCGCCAGACCCCUUGCGAUUCCCACACUGCACCCCACUAGCCGUGAAGCCGCCCCCUCACCUACAGCUGCCGCCGAACCCGCCCAUCCCAGCACCCCCUGUCCUCAGUCCCAAGCCCCCUGAGGAAGACGGUCAGGCGGUGGGUGCUGACCAGGAAGCCACUCUGGAAGAGCUUUGCAAGCCUCUGUACUGUAAGCUUUGUAACGUCACUCUCAACUCUGCUCAACAGGCUCAGGCACAUUAUCAGGGGAAAAACCACAGCAAGAAGCUGCGCAAUUUUUAUGCUGGUAGCCAGCAGCCACCUCCCAUUAGAAUACCAGAGGUAGUAGAGCCUGUUUCCCAGCAACCCUCUGCCACUCCACCCACAGAUUCUGCAAAUGUGACUGCCAGCCAGCCACUCUCUAAGGGCGCUAGCAGAGUCAUACUGGCCACGGAAAAUGACUACUGCAAGCUGUGUGACGCUUCCUUCAGCUCCCCCGCUGUGGCCCAGGCACACUAUCAGGGCAAGAACCACGCCAAAAGACUGCGGCUGGCCGAGGCACAGCAGAACGCCACGUCCUUAGACUCAUCCAACACUCAGAGACGUUCACGGAAAGAAGGAUACGAGUACCGAUUAAUGAAGAACCGUAGGGCUCAAAACAACACUGCCAUGCCAGGCCCUUACUACAACCCACGGCCGAGGCAACGUAUCCCACGAGACCUUGCGAUGUGCGUCACGCCCAGCGGCCAGUUCUAUUGCUCAAUGUGUAACUCGGGUGCCAGUGAGGAAGCAGAGUUUCGUCUACACCUAGAGAGCAAGCAGCAUAAAAGCAGAGUGUCCGAGCAGCGCUACCGUAGCGAGAUGGAGAAUCUGGGAUACACUUAAGAGGCAGCCAAUAAGUGAUUCCCAGAUCCUGAGGAAAUAAUCUCGCAGUCCUGGAAGUAGCCACUUUUGUUUUUAAAUGAAAGGCAAUGUUUCUUAAUGUUAUUCUACAAGCAAUUUAUGUGCGAAAAUUCGCACACUGCAGAGCAAACGUUUAUGUGCCAGACAACGGCUCUGUUGGAAAGUUCUAGGAAGCUUUAUUUAAUAAGGGAUAUCUCACAAAAAACGCUCAUAAGCACAGAUCUAGGAUCAGCUGGCAAAUAAUUCAUAAUUUCAUGAUUUAUAAUUAACUAAAUACUUAUCCUAGAUCACCUUAUGAGUACACAAAUAUUAUAGUAUACUUAUACAAUAUGGAUUUCUGUAUAUGUCUAGCAUUUUUUAGUAUAAUUUAUUUAAUUCUAAUGUCUAAAAUGACCUCCAACAUGCUUUGGAGAGGUAAUAAGUGUUAAAAAAAAAAAAACAUGUUUUUUUUUUCUCAGCUUUUUUGUGUGCAAUUGAUGCCUCAAAAAAGGGAAAAACCAAGCAGCAAUCAGUUUCCUAAACAAACGGAAGUGGCAAUCCUACUCACUCUGAGCCGUAGAUUCACUGUGUUUCUUCAGGAGCUACAGAACGCACGCUACCGUUCUGCCGAUCAGAUUAGAGACUGCAUUCCCAGGAGAAUCCACACCGCGGUUCUCCGGCGUGCCUGCUGAAUGUACUAUGAAAGCGAUGACAAUAGAUCUACGCCCGUCUGGCUUUGCACAUGUUUACUAGAUGUAGUGGGAGAUUUUCAAUCAGACAGACAUCAUUUGGUCUAUUUUGGUGGGUGUACAUCUGAUAUUGUUAACCAGCAUGCUUCAGUGCGAAAUUAUUUGGGUGAUUGUUGUUUAUUUUCAUCUUGGAUUAUCCCCAGGGAAUCUCUCCCCACACUAAAGGGAGAAAUGGAAAACAUGGCUAUUUUUAAUGAGGUCCGUGCCGCCCGUGCCCCCUACCUCAGUCACAACCCUCCGACUAGUUUUCAGGUUGGCCUACCAAAGCUUAUUUAUGAAAAGCUUAAAGGAGAAGUCCACUUCCAGAAUAAAGAUUUACAGAUAAUGUACUCACCCCCUUGUCAUCCAAGAUGUUCAUGUCUUUCUUUCUUCAGUCAUAAGAAAUUAUGUUUUUUGAGGAAAACAUUUCAGCAUUUGACUUCAUAUAGUGGACUUCUAUGGUGCCCUGUUUGAAUUUUCAAAAUGCAGUUUGAAUGCAGCUUCAAACGAUCCCAGCCGAUAAAGAAAGGGUCAUAUCUAGCAAAGCGAUCUGUUAUUUUCAUAAAAAUAAUACAAUUUAUAUACUUUUAUUUUUGGCAUUUUUAGCCUUUAUUAUCAGUAUUUUUAUUGUCAGUAUGGACAGGAAGCGAAGUGGGAGAGAGAUAGGGGGCGGGAACGGGAAAAGUCCUCGAGUCGGGAUUCGAACACGGGACACCUGUAGCACUGCCCACAAGGCUAUCGCGCCGACAAUUCAAUACUUUUUAAUGUCAAACGCUUGUCUUGACUUACUCUGCCUGGAUUUUGUUCCGGUUCAUGACAGUUAGGAUAUGUCGAAAAACUCCCAUCUCAUGUUCUCCCUCAACUUAAAAAUCGCCCUAUAUCGCUGUUUUACCUUUUUUAUUAAGGGUGUUUGAUUUUCUUUGCAUGUUCACAUUGCAUCGGUACUUCUACAGCAAUGUAGGAUGAUUUUGAAGUGAUUUUUGAAGUUGAGGGAGAAAAUACGAUUGGAGAUUUUCGACAUACCCUAACUGUCUUGAACCAGAAUACAUAGGGUUCAGGCAGAGCAAGACAAGACGAGCGUUUGAGAUUAAAAAGUAGUUAAACUGCAUUUUUUUUUAAUGAAAAUAACUUCGCUAUAGUUUCACUAGAUAAAGCCCUUCUUCUUCGGCUGGGAUUGUUUACAAUCGCAUUUGGAAUCACUUGAAGCCGCAUUUAUACUGCUUUUUGGAAGUUCAAACUCGGGGCACCACAGCAGUCCAUUAUAUGGAGAAAAAUGCUGAAAUGUGCUCAAAAAACAUAAUUUGUUUACGGCUGAAGAAAGAAAGACAUGAACAUCUUGGAUGACAAGGGGGCGAGUUCAUUAUCUGUACAUUUUUGUUCUGGAAAUGGACUUCUUCAGUAAUAUUUUACUGAGGAAACAUGACCUUUGAAGGAAUAGUUCACCCAAAAAUGAAAUUUGCUGAAAUGUAUAGAUUCAUAGAUAGAGUUGAAGAAAUUUAGCAUUGCAUCGCUUGCUCACCAAUAGUUUUUAAUCAGCUGUUUGGAUUCUGACGGCACCCAUUCACUACAAAGGAUCCAUUGGUGAGCAAGUGAUAUAAUGCUAAAUUACCCCGAAUGUGUUCUAAUGAACAAAAACCGAUCUACAGCAAAUAUUUAGCCAUUUUUAGGUGAAUUGUACCUUUAAGUGGUUAUAUUAGGACAAGUAGGAGCUGUUAAAAAUGUAAGAUGCUUUAUGUUUUUUGUUCAUGGAUGCAUAAUUGUAUGCAUAAGCAUUGCCCUUCAUCUAUUUUAUCACUUAAAAUGCUAUAAAUAUUUUAUAAAAUACAGUAUAUACUAGAAGAAGUGACCCGGUUUUGCUCUUGCUGUUUUUGUUGCUCCUUAAAUAAGCUAUAAAAUCACUCUUCAGAGCAGUUCAUUGUCACUAAAUGUUUGCGAUUGUAAUUCUUCUCUGAUUUAGUGUUAGUUCUGCAUGAAAUUAUUGCUGCUUGUACAUAUUAAGAGGACGAUUGCAGAACUGAUUUGCACUUGUUAAGACAGUAUUGUGAAAAGUCAUGCUAUAUAUUAUUACGCAGACAUAUGUUCAUUCAAAUCAAAUGUUUACAGCGGGAAUCAUCACAAGGGACUUAUGGGAGCGCUUGACGGACUAAUGGACUCAGUGGAGCCGUGAAGACAUCUUAAAUGUGCCUCGGAGUAUAAAGCCUACUCAACUGUGAUGUUGAACAUUUCGUGUUGUUCUGCUUUGCAUAUGUUUCCAGUAGGAGAGACUUUCAGUCCGGCAUAACGAGUAAUGUUUUGCGUAUUCAAAUAACUGACCGUUUAUGUCAAGCUCUUUUUAUAUAAUCGUGGUGAUUUGUUUCAUAUGUAUAUAUUGAAAUCAAUUUAAAGAGUGCACUUUGCAUUUUAAACAUGUUAUGUGUUAAUCUAACAUGUUCAUAGUGCAGAUUAUUGUGUAAAAUGCACCACUGAUCCAUCAGUUUGACAAUUUGUUGGUAAAAGUUUGUGGUUUUCCAGGAAGGAAAGAGGAAAUGGGAUCAGAGCAUGUUGCAGGCUGGACUAGAACCUGCAUUGUCCACAUAAGCACUACAGCUAUAUCAAACUGUGGUGGUGUAUUCUACUGGUAGCUCCCAGAGAUUCACCAGAGGCAAGCCAUAUCCUGUUUUGUGUUUUGUGCGGUCAGGAAGUUGUGACCCUAUCUUGGAAACAGACCUUCCCAAAGGACGCCAGCAGGGAUGCUAGGUUCUCCCCCAAUGGAGAAUCCCAACAGUCUGUUCCCUUAAAGCCAAUCCUGAUUUUUUUCCCAUCCAUAAAUACCUCUGUUGGGAGUUAAUAUCGAGUCACAUUUCAGUAAUGUUUUCUAAAGGAUUAGCAGAAACAUUUUAUUUUGAAGUGCGUCGAAAUAAAAUCUAGCUGUAGUGCCUUUUGAAGACAUUUUGAAGUUCUUAUAUAAUGGUUGCCUUUUCAUGUUCAUUAAAGGUCUGAGUGCAAUACAGAUGAUGUGAUGAUAUUUAUCUAACCUCUUCCUUUUUUUCCCUCGAGGUGUAUUAUUAAACAGUGGUUCAAUGUCUUGAAUGUACAGUACAGAUGAAAGAACAUUUUAACUUUAUUGUAGAGUCCUGGAACUCGAAUUUUGAACGCAAUAUAAUGUAUUAAUAAAA